UCGACGCGACCACAACGUAACUCCAAGAUCGGAAGCGAGAAGUCGCGCCGUCUAUAGAUAUAUCUAGACAUCGAUAUAGUACAAGCGUAUAACCAGCUUACCAUUACCAGAUUGCUUUGGCAACCUAAUCGUCACGUGAUCGUGUCGCGAUCGCUCAUUCUGCUCGUCAUUCAUCUGUCGCCGCGUCUUGUGCAAUUUGGCUGUCGAAUGUGGAAGAAGAAUGUCUUGCAUCUGGAUUUGUGUACCGAGCUCUUAACGUUUGUCUGCCGAAAUCUGUGAUCUGAGUGCCUUUCAAUCGAUCCAUCGAUCAACUUGACCUUUUGAGUUCGCUGAUCAGGAAAUUGCUAAAAAAAAAAGAUUCUUGAAAUACAAAAGAGUUGAAAAUGUCUACGCCAUAUGUGAUCUUGCUGAUCGGUUUACUAUAUCUUUGCGUGGGUCCAUUCAUAAUUGCCCAAGGCACGGAGCUUGCUGAGCGCAACCACAAGAAACGCCAAAUCUAUCGGGAACAAGUAUUGCCACAUGCGGGUGGUAAGAUACCGGACACCGCCUUUGAGACGGAUCGAUUGUUUCUGAAUCGCCUGCAGAAGGAAGGCAUCGCAGUGCCAGAUGGCAUACUGCCCGAGCAGCGGAAUCCACAGGUGUAUCAGUACUACAGCAAGCCCAUGCGCACCGUCUUCCACAUCGCCCUGAGCUCGGAUGGGAGGUAUACGCCGCGGGAGGGACGGUACCACUACCGCCAGGUGCCCACGGUGGAGACCACGUACCUGUACCCGCAGGCGGUGGGCCGCCAGCACGUGUUGGUGCCACCGAAGCACGCCCUGCCCGUCUACCGGCAGCUCCAGUUGCACAAUCCGCUGCUCAACCAGGUCAAGUUGCAGCCGAAGAAGACGCCCAAUUUUCUGGAACUGGCGCCCACGGUUGGCAAGAGUCAGUCGCAUCCAUUGGCCGGUUCGGCCAAGGCGCAGUCUUAUCAGAAUGUGAAUCUCCUGCAUGGUCACAGUCCGGUGCUGCCCGCCUUCAAGAAAACCUCCAGGGGCAGCAAGACCUAUGUGGACAGCUAUGGCACAACCCAUCUCUUCAGCGAAUUUGACGAUCUGCUGAACAAACUGGACCUGCAGCAAACGGGACGAAAGAAUUAUUAGUUUUAACGCUUUAAAUGCCCAAAAUGUAGUAGAAUCUAUGAAUAUGGCAGCUAUGAUAUCUAUCUCCAGCCAAGAGUUGAGUUUACAAGUGGUUCGCAUCCAUUAUCUAACCAUGCGCAUAUCAUUUCAAAACUUUUGCCAUACGCCCGCUCACCGUUUAGUGCAUAUCCAUUCCCAUUCCCAUGUUAGCAAGCCAUUCGUAUAUCCAGCCCAUGCACUGUGAAAAAAUGUGGCCACAAUUGAGGUUGAACUUAUAUUAAAAUCAGUACACAACACAUUUUAAAAACA